AUGGCCACCAUGGGAGCCCCAGGGGUGGCAGGACGGGGACCAGCCUCCUCCCAAUCCCUCUCGGUGCCAUUGCAGAGCGGGAUCAACGCCCACGUCAGGAACACCUACAACCAGACGGCUCUGGACAUCGUCAACCAGUUCACCACCAGCCAGGCCAGCAAGGAGAUCAAGCAGAUGCUGCGGGACGCCUCCGCAGCCCUGCAGGUGCGGGCCGUCAAGGAUUACUGCAACAACUACGACCUGACCAGCCUGAACGUGAAAGCCGGGGACGUCAUCACCGUGCUGGAGCAGCACGCGGACGGGCGAUGGAAGGGCUGCAUCCACGACAACCGCACCGGCAACGACCGCGUGGGAUACUUCCCCUCCAGCCUCGUGGAGGCCAUAAGCAAACGAACAGGCAAAUAACCCCCCUAGACCCCCAGCCCCGGGGAGCCCAUCCUGGCUUGGUGGGGACGGGGCUGUGGGGCUGCAGAGGUGAAGGCAAAGCGGGGUGAUGCCCCUCAUGCAUGUGGGGUCGGUGUCCCCGCCAUGGGCAUGGGGACGGUGCCCAAAGUGUGUGGGGUCAGUGUUCUCGUGGUGCCUGUGGGGCUGCUGCUCCCAUUGUGUGUGCAGGGUCCGUGUUCCCGUGGUGUCUGUGGGGUCGGUGCUGGCAGCCCUGGGGUGUUUGGGGUCAAACCCCUUGGGCUGGGGGAGGCGUUUGAGGUGCUGGGAGGUUGGUGCAUGAGGAGACCCAGGGUGUCACUGUGGUUUGGGGGACAGGCACAGCAGUGGGGUGGCAGGAGCUGGUGCUCAGGGUCUGUGCACGGGCUGGGCAGCAUGAGCUGAUGCUGCCACACAGAGAGCGUCUUUCCAGCCAGGGCCAUCUCAGGGAUCGGCCCUGCUCCCUGCCCUGUGGCUGCCUGUUCCCAUCCCCAUUGCCAUCAUCAUCCCUUCAGGCUCCUGGGGGCGUCUGCAGCCCCCCUGGGCUGUGCCCUCUGCCAGGAGAGCCCCAAUGGGGCUGGUGCCUCUGCAGGCAGCACUGAAAGGCCCCACAUCAACCAUCUCACCCCAGCCCUGGGACUGGAUCCUGGGGGCAGCCACACCAUGGGGCCAUGGGCAGGGAAUGGUGGCACUUGUCUCAGAAGAGUGACAGCACAAGUGGCUGCAAGGCAACUCACAGUGUCCCUGGAGGCACCUGGUGCUGGACAGGCAGUGUCAGAGCCACCCUCCAGGCAUGGGUUGUGUGCCAGUAGCAGAGAUGCCAUCCAUGUCUCCUGGGCUGAGCUCUGCGGCUCCU